AUGAGGCCUCGUUCCAUGGCUCGGAAGCUGGAAGGAACUGUCAAGGAGAUCUUAGGAACUGCCCAAUCAGUUGGUUGCACCAUCGAUGGUCAGCACCCUCACGAUAUAAUAGAGCAGAUUGCGAGCGGUGAAAUUGAGAUACCCGCCGAGUGA